AAAGACUGAAAUGAACGGCGCAGGUGAAUGGAAAUGGUAUGGAAAGUAAAGUACUAAAGUUGAAUGAAAAAACUGCGUUAGAUGUGUAGCGAGAUUGACGUUUGUUCUAAUUUGGUUCUAAUUAUUCUUUAUUUAUUUUAAGUAUGUUUAAGCUAUUUCUUGGUGAUUUAGCUCUGUCCUUUGUGUAAUUUAAGUGCCUUUUUACCAGUGUAGGCAAAGCCUGUAAUCAUGGAUGUUUUAUACAACGAUUUGGAGAAUUACGAUGACGUUGAAGCACUGAACAGGCUGAAAACUGAAAAUGUUGAUCUGAAGCACAAACUAGAAUGUUGCACCGCGAACAUGCAAAAGUUGCAAAAAAGCAUUUUGCAGGAUUUUGAUAAGUUGGAGGCAGAGUUCAAGAGACUAGAAUCAAACUAUUCUUCUCUGCUGAAAAUUUCAAGAGCUGAAAUACAGAGGAAGACUGAUAUGAUCACAAAUCUUAAUAUUGAAAAAGACUUGUUAGUAAUAAAAGCAGUUCAAAAUGGACCUGCACAUAAAGUUCAAGAGCUGAUAAAGAAUGUGCGUGAAGAAACUGAAUUGAAGCGCAAAAAGAAAAUCCGAAACAAAGUAGGAGGUCCAAAGGAAAGGGAAAAAUUAAUAAGGAGAAAAAGUAGCCGCCCACAAUCACCCGCAACUAGCUCAACUGCGACAGACAAUUCAUAUAAGAUGAUAGAAAACGAAAUAGUUGCUGAUACCAACAAAUCUAGUACAAUGGAUACACAAGAAAAUGAGCCACAGAAACAUGAGGUGUUCCCAGACAAUCAACCUUUGUCUCUCGUUGCGGAAAAAACGGAUUUCUGCAUUAUCUCGGUAAGUAUGAAAAUAAGUUCCAAUUGUUCAGUAUCAUGCCUUCCCCAUCUUGCUAAGUUAAGCUCUGAUGAAGAAUUUGAAGAUAUGUAUUCUGCAUUGAAACCUAAAACAUCCAGGGAACCUGAAAGAACCCGCAAAAGGGGUCGAGACGAUUCUGAAGAUGGGAAGAUGUUAUAUAACAGUUCACAUGAUACGCCCUUAAACUAUCCUGAACCGUUUAGAGAACGGCUUAACAGAAAUAGAGCUGGCAGAUUUUCUGAUACUGAAAGAAUUAUAACCAGAGAAAAACAGUAUAGUGAACCUGACAGAAAUAUCAAUAGGGGUAAACACCAUUAUGAUAGAAACAGAAAUGUCAGUGAUUUAAAACACCAGAGAUUUAGUCCUGAAAGACAUCGUCGGGGCGCGAGAGAACUUGGGGACGAUCGUUACAGGACUAGGCGGUUGGAAACCCCACCAAGGGAGAGGCAACGCUUGGAAAGCCCUCCUAGGGAGAGAUUACGCCUGGGAAGCCCUCCGCAAGAAAAACAACCCAUACGCAAAAGGAUUCUCGAGCGUCGAAAGUCGUACCACGGGCGGACGGGCAACUACCCAGAGAUACACUCGGUCGUACAUAACAUUCAUGGUGAAUAUGAAGAACCACAAAAUAAGAGACCAAGAAUUGAACCAUACCCUCAGGAAGAAAGAAGGUCAACCGAAAAGCUGUAUCAUAAAGAAUCGCAGCCGCCGAACGAGGGAAGUCCCACAUGUCGGUCGCCAGAAUUUUCACACGCGGAAGAUUCUUCUAACGAACCCGCAACAGCCCAGACUGAAACCAGAAGUACAACCUCUUCUGUCUUUGAGGAUCCCAGGUUAAGUAGUGUCAGAUACAUUAAGCGUUCGGAAGGCAACAAGCAUAUAUUACAGUCUGCCAAUGCUAAUGAAAUAUAUUUUCAACCCGUCGACAAAUCCCUUUGGAACCUGGAAGAAGUCCAGGUGCCGAAAGCUUUAAGAUCUAAACCUUUAGAAAUUAGCGAAGAACUUGUUGAUAAAAUUGAUAUAGAUAAACCUUUAUCUAGAAUGUCCAUGGAAUCAGGUGAAAUUUGUUCUGAUACGAAUGACACAGCUUUGGAUGAUAUUUAUAGUUUUCAAGAAUUUAAUAAACAAGUCGGUAAUAGUAUUCCUAAUAUAAAUGAUAGUCAAAAAGUUGAAAUUAAACCUCACAAAGAAAAUUCGCCUGUUGAUAAUAAUAUGCUUAAAGACAUAGGAAAAAGAAGUGAUACCUUAAUUAAUGGUACAAAUACUACAAGACUCGAAGUCGCAAAGAAGGAGACCGUGAACAAUCAUAGAUCAGCUGAGUCAGUGGUAUCAACUUCUAAAGAUAGUCAUAAAGUUGAUACAACAAUGCAUUGUGACAAUAUAAAAUUACCAAGCAUACUACACAAGCUGAUUCAUACUAUGAAUGAAGCACGACCUGAAGGUGAUAAUUCUGUUAAGAGCAAUAAGGGAGAAAAGGAACGAAUCGCCGCAUCCCGGCUAUCUAAUAAGUCUGAAAAGGCAAAAGCAAAAACUAAAGAUGACAGAGAAAAUCAAAAUGAGUCUGACUUAAAGACUGAUAAAAACAACGCACAUAAACUUGAAAAGGGAUCCGAAAAAGAACAUAAACGAGUCGCUGCAUACAGGAUACCUAGUAAGUCUAAAAAGUCAGGUCCAAAAACUAGAAUUGAAAGAGAAAAUCAAAACGAGUCAGAUUUAGAGACUGACAACAACAAGACAGAUAAACAUGAAAAAGGAUCAGAAAAAGAACCUAAACGAAUUGCUGCAUACAGUAUACCAAAUAAGUCUGAAAACUCAGGUCCAAAAGCUACGGAUGACAGAGAAAAUCAAAAUGAGUCACACUUAAAGACAGAUAAAAACAAGGCAAAAAAACUUGAAAAAGGAUCCGAAAAAGAACAUAAACGAAUUUCUGCAUACAGGAUACCUAAUAAAUCUGAAAAGUUACAUCCAAAAAUUAAAAAUGACAGAGAAAAUCAAAACGAGUCAGAAUUAGAGGCUGACAACAAGACAGAUAAACUUGAAAAAGGAUCAGAAAAAGAAACUAAACGAAUCGCUGCAUACAGAAUACCUAAUAAGUCUGGAAAGUUAGGUCCAAAGAUUAGAGAUGACAGAGAACAUCAAAACGAGUCAGACUUAGAGACAGGCAAUAAUAAGAAAGAUCAAUUUGGAAAAGGAUCAGAAAAAGAAUUUAAACGAAUUGCUGCAUACAGGAUACCAAAUAAGUCUGAAAAGUCAGGUACAAAAACUCGAGAUGACAAAGUAAAUCAAAACGAGACAGACUCAGAGACUGGCAACAACAAGACAGAUAAACCUGAAAAACGAUCUGACAAAGAACACAAACGAAUUGCUGAGUUGGAGUUGUCAGGUAAGUCAGAAAAAGAAAGGUUGAAAACUACCGAUAAAACACUACAUAAAUAUGUACCUGAAGUGAAGAAAACAGAUAAUUUGGAAAAAGUAACCGAAAAAGGUACAGAGACGGAGAUCGACCGCAUAGCAGAGUCAGAUAGAAAUGAGAAAGCAAGUUUAAAAAUGAAUGAAAUAGAACAUAAAAAUGUGUCUGAUAUGAAAGUCAAAGAAAUACCUGUAAAAGAAACUGAAAAUGAUGUAACAGUAUUUCGCGAAUUUGAACAUAGAGUAUACUCCAGGCAUAUUGUCGAAGGCGAUUUAGAGCUAAGUGAUGAAAGUAAUGAUGAAGUACAACUUAAGAUAGAAGAAAAAAAUGAGGAGCAAACCUCCAAAAGGAAAUCUCAUCGAGCGACAUACAAAGAUAAGAGAGUCAAUUCUGAAGAAACAACUAGGAAAACUAGGUCUCGGAAAGAUAAGGAAAAAGAAAGAAAAUCCAUGAACAAAUUUAGUGAAUUGUUUGGUGACAGCAGUAGUUUAAUAACUCCAGAGGACCUGAACCUCGCCACGCGCACAGCGCACGGGCUGCCAGCCGACUGCUGCCCGCCCGCCGCCGAGGAGGCGCAAGAUGCUAUCAUUGAACCUGAAAGUCCACUCAAAGCACAAACGACAGAAAUAUACCCUAGAGACUUUAAAGAAAGUUUAGCAAAGCCCACUGUUGUGGAAGAUAAAUAUAAAAUCAAAGAACUGAAAGACAGAACUCAUACAAAACAUAAACAAAAUAAGGAUGACUACGUGGAACAGGUCGGCGACGUAAAGACACAAUCAUUUACCAUUACUAAAAGUUGUUCAGUGUCAGAAGGAAAUCUCAUGUCAAAUACAAGUAAUUAUACAAUCCCAAAGGAAGUUUUAAAACUGAAUGAAAAAGUUAAGGAGUCGUCAAAAACUAAUAAAAGACUUAAAACAAAAGGUGAAAAGAAGGUGUCAGGCAGUGAACACACGGAAGAAAUCAAUACCAAUAACAUUUAUAUCGCGGAGCCAAAUUCAAACGACUUGCCAACUAUGAGCGAUAAUAAAGAGAAUUCCCGCAGCAAUGGUAAUUCGGAAAGAAAUAUCAGUAACGAAAUGGCAAGAAAUUUUGAGAACCCAGUAGUCUCUAGUAAAAUAUCGUCGACCAAUGUCAGCGAGACCAAUAAGGAAAGCCCACAAUCAGACCACUAUACAAAAGAAACCAACUGUAGUAGUGGUGUUCAAGAUGUUCCAAACCUAGCUCCAGUAGUAGAAGAACCUGGAUUAGUGAAAACGGUUGUGAUAUCAACAGGUGUUCAACCUUUAGAUUCAAACUCAGCGCAGUAUGAUACGCCAUUCAGUUUUCUAGCCUCAUCUACUCCAGCCAAGGAUUUAUCUGCUAUAAAUAUUUCCUCCGAAAUGGAGUCAAAUGUCAGCCACUCGGCACAAGUAAGUGUGACGAUAUCAAGAGAUGAUUCAGCCUCUCAGUCUGAAGAUAUACCUGAUAUGAGAAUAACUUGUUACAGAAGACGAAGAAGAGUGCUAAAGAGAUAAUUUGUUGGCAUUAAGUUUGUAAAUAUUUGCGUUAUAUUAACUUGGGGUAUUAACAGAUAAUAUUACUCGUAGUCGUCUAUGUUAAUUAUGCCUGUCAAGUAAAUAUAUUACCAAAAACUACUAGAUAUCAAUAUUUUAUUUAAGGACGAGUGUGCCACGCACACGCAGGAUCGUUCCCCGUACACUCGAAGAUCUCAUUAUAAUGACUCCGCUAUCUGUUCACAAUAUCAAUGUGUAUUUAAACUGAUUUGAAAUUGUAAUUAUAAAUACUAGCUAAAUAAUGUAAAUAUUUAUUUCUUUUAAAUUCUGUAGGACCAGUUCCACUUUUUUUUUUUCGAUUUUGGAAUAAACAUGCUAGCAACUUUGUAUAUUAACAUUUUGACUUUAAGAUUCAUGGAUUAUAGUUUUGGCGAGUCGUUCUCUAUACUCUAAGUACAUUGUCAACUAAGCAUCUUUUAAAUAAAUGAUAAUUUGAAAGAGUCUGAACAUAUCAACAUUGGACAAUGAGCUCAUCUUAGAUUAGUGUUCUUCAAUAUAUCCCUAUGUUUCCGGCAUCUAAAAAGUCAAUGCUAUCUCUUACAGUUAAUAAGUACAUCUUACAACCUUAAAGUGCUUUAAGGUUGGACAUGUAUUAAAAUGAUGUUUUAUUUCUUAGCUGUCUAGGACUGUAGGCAAACGAUUUUUCAUAGCUACUCAAAUGUAAAUAUUCCACAAGAUACAUACAGAUAUAAUUCUACAUGAAUUUAUAGUUUUUGCAAUUAAUAAAACAGAACUACUUGAACCUAUUCUAUGUAUUUCAAGAAAAUAUAUUUUCCUCAGGGACCUUUUGCAUAGCAAGGAUAAGGCCAGCAUUGAUGUUUUGUAUGAAAAACCGUGUGACUUAUUAGCUUGUUAUCGUACUGACCCCAGAUUUUUACAAAUUGUCUAAUAACAAAUAGCUUUCAAGUCGCCUGUUACUGUUACAAAGAACUCAUUUACGACUCGUAUUGUCAGAAUAAUAAGAACAGAGCACGAUAAAAACAUUUUCACUACACCAAUUGGUAAAGGCCCUCUUGAUUGUUCAAAAACGAAUGAGAAAGUUGCAUUUUAUCCACAUGUGGGCAAAGUAAUCAGAUGCAAAUUUUGAGUUGUUUCCUUAUGUUAGCUAGUAGAACUGACUUUUAAAUGAUGAUUUUGAAUGAUAAUUUUAUUAUUACAUUAAUUUGGAUUUGAUUUAAUUUGAAUAUUUUGGUUUUUUAUAGUUAAUAGUUUCUUUGCGUUGGUGUGGUGAAAAAUAUUGUUUCACUCGGAGGCAAAGUUUGUUUAACCCUCGUGCCUUGAAAUCCUUGCAACGCUCAAGAUUCCAUUUCUCGAACCACUAGCUAUGCUCGUGGUUCAAUUUUAGAAUCUUUCGCUUGCUCGGGUAUCAAUAUUAGCACGAGCGGUUAAACAACAACUUUGCCCCCUUGUAAAACAAAUAACUAUUAACUCGGUUUUUUUGAUGAUUGUAAGAGUGAAGCGGAAGUCUAAAUGUACCAUUUCAUGAUUAAGAAAAAAUAAAAUAAAGUGCGUUAUUCAAAUA